AGACAGUUAAAGAAACAAGGAAGUAUCGAUAAGGGAAGGAAAGCAUGCAAGCAGACAGCCUUUAUAGUACAUGAAACUACAUGUAUAGAUAAGGACAACCCGCGCUGAAGUACUCUGAAGGAAGACGCCAUCAGUAGACAAACGAGAGCUUCUUAUAUAAGUUCCAGUCAAUUAGUAUGGACAUAUUCCAAGGCAAAAAUACUUAAGAACCCUCGAUCGCACGACUUCUGAGGCCCGAGAAAAGCAUACUAUACGGUACUACGUUUGCGAAGCCCGAAAUGUCUAAGAAUAUUAAAAAAUCUUCCUGUAUUAAAAAGCGUUACUCAGAGGCUAGUCGAGCAAAAUCACAACAACGUCAGCGACGUAAGAGUAGCCUCUUUAAGAAAGCCGCAGAAUUUAGCCUGGGGUGCGAAUCCGACGUCGUUAUCGCAAUUAGGAUCCAGAAAACCGGUCAGGUGUAUAUUUUUUAUUCAUCAUCGUAGGAGUGGCUAAAGUCACUCCCGAGCUUGGUACGCACCGUAAUAGUGCGUUUAUAUACUAUCUAACUCGCACCUUAGGCAUAUUCCUAUACCCUUCCAAUUCAUCAGACAAUUGAGGAUCUCUU